AUGUCUUCGGAAAUCGUAGCUGAAACCCUACGACUUGAAUUAGCUCCCUUUGGUGUUGACAUCCUCGAGAUUGUUACGGGUGCUGUCAAAGCAUUGGGACAGAUGUAUUUUGAUGAUUUUCAGCUUCCGGCGAACUCCCUCUAUAAGAGCAUUGAAGAUACCAUUGCCAAUAUAGCCCAAGGUAACGAUGAAAUUCCUAGGAUGGAAACGCGGAAGUAUGCCACUGCUGUUGUGGACGAGAUUAAAAAACCGCACGACAGGCCGAUUCUGGACGCUAGAACUGCCAUGGGAACUGGGCUUGAUACACUGGGGAAGUAA